AUGCGCCUCCUCACCGUCGCGGUCACCACCGCUCUGACCCUCCUCGUCCCCUUCGCCGUGGCCAACCCCCAGCCGGCAACCUCGAGUGAGGGCGCCCUCAGCACCGCCGUCGACGAUGGCGCGCCGUAUUGCCCACCGCGGGCCGCCUCGGCCGCCACGCAAAGCGCCAUCUUCUCCUCCUUCAUCCAGAAGUUCCUCAUCGAGAAGAACGCCACGCGCGCCCUGCUCGACCACGCCGCCGAGGACUACAUCCAGCACAACCCGUCCUUCCUUUCCGGCCGCCAAGUCGCCAUCGACGCCCUCUCCGGGUUCCCCUCCUCGGCUGUGAACUACACCAUCAUCAACCAGGGCUUCGAUGCUGACCGGGGCUGGGUGCAUUAUCGGCUGGAUGUGGCGGGCGCAACGCAGCCCAGCGCGGUGGUGGAUAUAUUCAGGCUGGAGGGAACGUGUGUGAGGGAGCAUUGGGACGUGAUGCAGCAGAGGCCGGAGAACGCGACGAAUCCGCUGGCGAUGUGGUAG